GGGCGGGGCCGCCUGGGGGAUGAGGUCGGGGGCACUCGACUCACCAGCCUCGCUCACAGCUGCCAGGCGCCAGGCAGAGCGUCCCCUACCUCCCGACGGGCGUGCAGACCUCUGACCCUGGAGUCUCUCGGCCGCCGGGAGUCGUCCCCUUGGGUCGUCGCCCGGGCCGCCCGCCGUUCUCCGGCCCCGAGGGGCCCGGCCGGCCGCGGCGAGGGGAGAGGUCAGCAUGAGCCGGGGGGUCGGGCGGGCCGGCGCAGGGCAGGGGGCGGCGGCCGCGUUGCAGCUGCUGGUCACCCUGAGCUUCCUCCCGAGCGUCGUCGAGGCCCAGGUCACCGGUGUCCUGGAUGACUGCUUGUGUGAUGUUGAUAGCAUCGAUAACUUCAACACCUUCAAAAUCUUCCCCAAAAUAAAAAAGCUGCAAGAACGAGACUAUUUCCGUUAUUACAAGGUCAACCUGAAGCGACCGUGUCCUUUCUGGGCAGAAGAUGGCCAUUGUUCAAUAAAAGACUGUCAUGUAGAGCCUUGUCCAGAGAGUAAAAUUCCAGUUGGAAUUAAAGCUGGGAGUUCUAAUAAGUACUUGAAAGUGGCAAACAAUACCAAAGAAUUAGAAGAUUGUGAACAAGCUAGUAAACUGGGAGCAAUUAACAGCACAUUAAGUAAUCAAAGCAGAGAAGCUUUCAUUGACUGGGCAAGAUAUGAUGAUUCACAGGAUCACUUUUGUGAACUUGAUGAUGAGAGAUCUCCAGCUGCUCAGUAUGUAGACCUUUUGCUGAAUCCUGAGCGUUACACUGGCUAUAAAGGGCCCUCUGCGUGGAGAGUGUGGAACAGCAUCUACGAAGAAAACUGUUUCAAGCCUCGAUCUGUUUAUCGUCCUUUAAAUCCUCUGGCACCCAGCCGAGGAGAAGAUGAUGGAGAAUCGUUCUACACGUGGCUAGAAGGUUUGUGUUUGGAGAAAAGAGUCUUCUAUAAGCUUAUAUCGGGACUUCAUGCUAGUAUCAAUUUACAUCUAUGCGCAAAUUAUCUUUUGGAAGAAACCUGGGGUAAACCUACCUGGGGACCUAAUAUGAAAGAAUUUAAACGCCGCUUCGACCCUGUGGAAACCAAGGGAGAAGGCCCAAGAAGGCUAAAGAAUCUGUACUUUUUAUAUUUAAUUGAGCUUCGAGCUUUAUCAAAGGUGGCCCCUUACUUUGAGCGCUCAAUUGUCGAUCUUUACACUGGAAAUGUAAAAGAGGAUGCUGACACAAAAACCCUUCUACUGAAUAUCUUUCAAGAUACAAAGUCCUUUCCCAUGCACUUUGACGAGAAAUCCAUGUUUGCAGGUGACAAAAAGGGGGCCAAAUCGUUAAAGGAGGAAUUCCGGUUACAUUUCAAGAAUAUCUCCCGUAUAAUGGACUGUGUUGGAUGUGACAAAUGCAGGUUAUGGGGGAAAUUACAGACUCAGGGUUUAGGAACUGCCCUGAAGAUAUUAUUCUCAGAAAAAGAAAUCCAAAAGCUUCCAGAGAACAGCCCAUCUAAAGGCUUCCAACUCACUCGACAGGAAAUAGUUGCUCUUUUAAAUGCUUUUGGAAGGCUUUCUACAAGUAUAAAAGAGUUACAGAAUUUCAAAGUCUUAUUACAACACAGUAGGGAUGCAAGUUAUUGUCUGGUGGGAGAGGGGGACCUUCAGGUAAAUUUAACUAAAAAGUGAAUAUCUAAGUAAUCUUGUUGGUAAAUUAAUAAGAAUUAUUCUUAGUGUUUUUCAGAGUCUAAGAAAAUGUGAAUGUUUUGCACUUUGUCUAUUAUUACUGUAAGUUUAAAAAUCUUUUUGGUAGUGUCACUUCAUCGUUCCCUCAGUUAAAGAUAAAGGCUAUUAUUUAAGCUCUGUUUCCUGGAGAAGAUCUUUGGUCAUUUCCAUUUCUUGCUUCUUUCCUUUACUGUGAUUUGUUUCCAGAUUAGUUACAAUUGUGUAUUAGAGUGAGUUCUAGGAAUUAAAAGAUCUAGUUAGGGUAAAAAGUUCUUUUAAAGGUUUUAACAGAUCUUUCACUACCAAGAAAAUAAACAAAUGAAGUAUUCUUAAGCUGAAAUCUAUUUGAUUAACUUUAUUUUACCAUAAAUUAGAUUGUGGUGGGCAGCCUACAUUUUUGUGUAUGUGUGUGCUUUUCAAAUGAAUGUGUAUGUGAUAGGAAUCUUUGUUUUGGCGAGCCUGGUGAUGUUUUAUGGUCCUUGUGAUAUAAACUUUUUUCCAACUCACAUACCUUUUUGUUGUCAAGUGAUACUAGAGUACCGACUGCAUUGUGAAAAUGCUUGCCUGGCAAUAAUACCUCUUGGCAUUUUGUCUUUAUCUCAUCACCUAAUUUAAAAGUCCAACACUUGAUAAUGUAACUUGACAGAAAUGAUUGUACCAGCUGAUAAAGUAAUGAAAAGGAAGAAAAGGAAAAUAUUCCUUCCUUCAAUGGCAUGAGUUUAUUUUUUUUUCUUAAGUGGCAUCUAUGUAAGUUAGAAAUACUGUAUAUUAAAACUGGUAAAUUUAAAUGUUUCUCUUGUGUUGAUUCUUAGAUUAUGAGGAGGAUCAGACAAUAUUAGUAAUAGUUUUUACAGUUUUGAAAUCUGAUAAACCCAGCAUUUUAUUUUGACAUUUUAACAUUGUGAGUUACUCAGUACUUAUAAUCUCUGUACGUAUAUGAAACACUGUGCCAUGUUUUACAGCUUUAUCUAGGUGCCACUGUAUGUAAAAAAGGACAGCUGUUUUGAUCUCCGUCAGCAUUGCCUUCAUCUGGAAAUUUGGGAACAGUUCACAGUAAACCUCUCAGCAGUUUGCAAACUGAAGUACCUGCAGAAACCAUAGCUAUUCACCAAAAUACAGACUGGGUGCAUGGUACCAUGGAAAUUAUUUGGUAAAACAAAACAACAUAGACACACACCAAAUUUACGUGUACUCUAAGUAACAUCUACAGGCGCAGCUUUGAUUUGGAACAGAAUUCCAAAUAAUUGGCUGUUGUACCCACCAGAUUAUAGAAAAUGUGAAUUAAAUGUUUCUGCCAUCUUCCUAUCUUGUUCUUUUUUUUUUUAACCCCCUUUUAAAUGUUUCCUUUUAUGAGAUGAAAACUUGGUUAUAAUUUGGGCGAAGGGAAAAACUAAGUAGUCUGUGGUUGUUUCUUUUUAAAAUCAUAAUUGCACUCGUUGGCAGCCACUGUUGAAGGGCUUUGCAUGGAUUUAUCUUCUCAGCAACGCUAGCAGGUAAGUACAAUUACUUCUCUGUUUUUAAAUACGAAAACUGAGGAUAAGAGAGGCUAAGUAACUUAUCCAUAGUCAGAAAUUCUAGGUUGUAGAGUCUCGGCUCAGAAGGUGGUGUAUUUUUGUCAGUUUAUAAAUUGGCUUAUUACCAUUCAACUAAACACUGGGGACUUCUGGCGUCUUUUGAUUGGUAUUGAGUCAUAAAGCUUUUUAAAUACACUUAUUUUAUUUUUUGAAAAGGUAAUAUUCACAUGGUUCAAAAACCAAAAAAUAUACAAAGCUCUACAGUGGAACGUUGUCUUUCUUGGGCCCAACUUUCCGUACUGGGCAUCCUUCCCCUGCCCUCACCAUCAGUAACCUCUGUGCUUGGCUUCUUAUGUUUCCAUCCAUACAUCUUUAAGGCAUAUACCAACAAAUACAAAAAGUCUUAUUUUUUUUCUCAUUUUUACCCAAAGAGUGGCAUCAUAUACGUACUGUUUGCUUUUUAUUCCCCCCACUUAGGUUUUCUUGGCA